CCCAGACGGGGUAUUAUAAAAUCACCAUUCAUCUAUCUCCCUGAAAGCACAUCCCCUGACGACGGUGAAGCUGCAUUAAAGAAGGAAAUAUGGCCUCCAUGUCAGCCGCCACCGCCCUACGAGCCACCUUCCAUCAACACCGCCUGAAUUCCGUCACAAAUGUCUCUACCUUCCCCACCACCGUCACCCUCCCCUCUUCCACUAAGCCAGCGUCCAUUUCUUGUAACUCAACAGCCAACGCCGCCGUUGCACAUGUCCAAACUCCGCCUCCCUCCGUCGUUUCUUCAGAUCGGGUCUUCAACUUCGCGGCUGGUCCUGCCACUCUCCCGGAGAACGUGCUCAGGAAGGCACAGGCUGAGCUCGUCAAUUGGAACGGCUCCGGCAUGUCGGUGAUGGAGAUGAGCCACCGUGGAAAGGAGUUUCUAUCCAUUAUCCAGAAAGCAGAGGCAGAUCUGCGGGCUCUCCUCGGCAUCCCCGAUGAAUACGCCGUCCUCUUCCUCCAGGGCGGCGCCACCACACAAUUCUCCGCCGUUCCGCUCAAUCUCUGCUCCCCUGAGGACACCACCGAUUAUAUAGUCACCGGAUCGUGGGGAGACAAGGCUUUCAAGGAAGCCGGAAAGUACUGCAAGCCCAAUCUGAUCUGGUCAGGCAAAUCGGAGAAAUACACCAAGAUCCCGAGCUUCGAGUCUCUAGAACAAUCCUCGAACGCCAGGUAUUUGCAUAUAUGCGCCAAUGAGACCAUUCACGGCGUGGAAUUCAAAAAUUACCCCACGCCCGGAAACCCUAGCACCAUUCUAAUCGCCGACAUGUCGUCGAAUUUCUGUUCGAAACCCGUGGAUGUUUCCAAAUUCGGGAUCAUCUACGCCGGAGCUCAAAAGAAUGUUGGCCCUUCCGGCGUCACCAUAGCUAUAAUCCGGAAAGAUCUGAUCGGAAAUGCACAAGCAUCCACACCGGUGAUGCUGGACUAUAAGAUCCACGCGGAUAACAAUUCAUUGUACAACACUCCCCCAUGUUACGGGAUUUACAUGUGUGGGCUUGUUUUUGAAGAUCUAUUGGGACAGGGAGGGUUGGGAGAAGUGGAGAAGAAGAACAAGAAGAAAGCUGGAAUUCUGUAUGAGACCAUUGAUUCAAGCAAUGGGUUCUACAGAUGCCCGGUUGAGGAAUCAGUGAGGUCAUUGAUGAAUGUGCCCUUCACAUUGGCGAAAUCUGAGUUGGAAGCAGAGUUCAUAAAGGAAGCGGCUGCUGAGAAGAUGGUGCAGCUUAAAGGACACAGGUCAGUUGGAGGAAUGAGAGCUUCAAUUUACAAUGCUAUGCCAUUGGCCGGAGUUGAAAAGCUUGUUGCUUUCAUGAAGGAUUUCCAGGCCAGGCAUGGUUGAUUGAUUGAAUGAUUCAAUAUUGAACAAUAUCCAUUUUUGCAAUUUUGAUUCAAGGUAUUGAAGAACUUUUUGUUUCUUUGGUUUUCCCAGUUCUGGGGUUGAUGCUAAGCAUUGAAUUGAUGAUGUGUUUUGUUUAUCUUAUCUGUUGUUUUUCCAUGUAAAAGCUUAGAAGGUAUGAAUUGGAAGUAUAAGAAAAAGACAUUUGCCUUUGUUGGUCACUUUGUUUUCACUCUUUACCAUUGGAUCCUUGAAUUGUUGAUUACAAAAAUUCAGAAAAUUGUGAAGGAAUGCCAUACCGGUUAAUCUUAACGUGCUUCAGUAAUCAGUAGUCAAUACUGGUUAGGAUCCAAUUAUUACUACAAGUUAAAACAUGAAUAAUUAUACGAAGUAUGAAAUUAUUAAUGUAAAAUUAUACUAAAUGGGACCAAAACAUGGUUAAAACUCCAAAAUAAGACUUCAAGUUUUAAAUUGCAUAAAUGGGACUCCAGAUUAUUCUUUUGCCCUUCUGCAAUUAAAACCCCAAUCUCUCGCCCCCUUCUACUUUUCUCGUUUCAUCGUCCAGUCCGCUUCAUCGAUGCUCUGCCCCCUUCAUCGCUGCUUUCUCCGAUCAACUACAACAAAUCGCAGCAGCUCCGCACAUGCUUUCAAUUCAUCCCAUAGACUGCAGCUCCGCCAUCGGCUAUGGCCUCGCACCAUAGCCGCCGUUGAUCGUAGGUAAUCUCCUCCUCCUUUCUUCCUCCUCUUCUUCUUCUUCUUCUUCUUCUUUUUCUUCUUCUUUUUCUCUUCUUCUAAUCCUCUUCAAAUUUCUGGUCCUCCGUUCUCUUCU